GCAGCAGAGAAUUAAGGUCACAAUGUUCCUUCUCCAUUUUGCCAAUUCUGCAUCUUGUCCUCUAAAGAAGAUAAGGGAAGAAGAUUAUAUAUUUUGUGUUCUCAUGUUGUACUUUGAUGUUCUGAACUGCCUGUGAUCAGCUAAUGAAGGGUGGUAUACAAAUUAAAUAAUAACAAUAGGCGAACUUCCCCAUAGCUAUUAGGAUUUCCCACAAAUCCCAAUUACACUCAAGUUUCUGGAAGGACUUUCUGAGAACCUCACAGAAUAGCCUCUUCUUGAAUUGUCUGGGUGGAGCUACUGAUGGGAAACAUAUCUCACCGUAGUCUCCCAGGAUACUAUAUAAGCAGGCCUGGUAGCCCACAUGCCAUUCACACUGAAUCCUAAAAUGUGGGCCAAGAUCUUCUUACCAUUUGUGGGACUCCUUUGCGGGGCCAGCCUGCCACUGACUUCUUCCCAGGCUGAUACAGGUGCAAUAUUGGUGUGCACGCUCUCUGGCUAUGUCCCCGGAGGCAUGAUAAUUACGUGGGAGGCAGGUGGCCAAUCAGAUAACACCUCCGGCAUCAUAAGUGCAAGCACUGGUAACACAGCACACUUCAGCCUUAAACCACUAGGCAAUUCGGAGGGUAACGUCUUCGUCUGUCGAGUAUCCCUCCCUGAGUCCCAAACAAAAGUCAAUGAACCUGAAGACAAAGGGACCGGUCUCCGUGAGAACCUCUAUCGCGCCAACCGUAAAAAAAGAAGCCUUCAGCGAGCAGAGACAAUCCUCACCGGCAUGGUCAUAGGGCCCGAGGCAAGUGAAAUUUCUGUCCAGUGGGUGAAGACUGGCCUCCUUGAAGGUCAUCAUGUGAAUCCCCGAGUCUUGAAGGGCAGCAUCAAGGAUUCCCUCUUGGCCUUCAGCCAGGUGGUAGUCCCCUACUCUGACUGGAACAACGGCACUUCAUACUCCUGUACGUUUACCCGCACAGCGGGCACUGUGGAGCCCACCCAGAGGCCUGAGGAGAAAUCCCAGGGUGAAAAGUGAUGCACACCCCUUUCUCAACCUGUCUCAGUUUUCCCUCCUCAGCCUAUCCCAGAUUCAAUAAUAUCCAUGUAAUUAGGUAGCCUAAGGCUGAAUAAAAGUGAGCAAACUC